GCCAGAAAAGAAAAAGUGGCAGGGAUAGAGAGCACAAAUAUUAUAAAGAAAGUUAUGGAGAAAAGGAAGCCAAUCGGGAAAGAGGGCAUGAAGGCAGAAAAACCAGGAAAGAAGGGAAUGAAAGAGGACAUAAUCACAUAAAAGAAGGCCAGAACACUCAAUAUAUGACAAAGAAACAUGGAGAAGUGAAGAAAAAUGAAAACUGGGAAAGAGAAUAUAGAGAAAGACAAGAAAGAAAAGAUAAGAGAGGAGGGGGGCAAUGUGGAGUAGAAAAAGGUGGAGAAAAGAGAGAAAGAAAAGCCUGGAAACUAAACUUUAAAGAAAGGAAGGAAGGAAGACACUUAACAGGAGAAGACAGAGAAGAUGAUGCAGAGCAGUAUUGGAAUAGAAAAGAUGGAGGAGGAAAAGGGGAAAAUGAAUGUGAAAAGAAAGAAAUAAUAAAUAUGGAAAGAGAAAACUAUAAGCACCUGAACAUUUGCGGGAGAGAAAAGCGAAGAUGUUUGAAUGAAGGAAGGGUGAAAUCAGAGAGACAAAGUCUCUCCAGAGAAGGUCAGGAGCAAUAUGAUCAGAGAGGACAAGAUGAUGUUCAACGAUCAAAAGAUGCAGCUUUAGGAAGGGAAUACUCAAAUAGACUGGAUGGAGACAAGCAGAAAUUAGAAAGGAAAAACAGGAAAGCAAGGUGUGAAAGGAGCCAUGAACCAGGGAAAAAAGAAACAAAAAGACAGAAAAGAAGAGUGUGGGGAAGGACCUCUGGAAAAGAAUGGGGAACUGAAGAUGGAGAACUGGUGGAUGAUAGCUUCGAACUAAAAUACAAUGACAAAUGGAGUAGUGAUCUCAGUGGAAAAUUAUGGGAAGGAGAAUAUCAGAAAGACCCGGACAGCAAAAUAAGAAGAAAAUGGGGUGAGUCACCCAGAGAAAGAGACUAUAAUGAACAGGAAAGAAAAAAUGGACAAGAAUUAAAUGAAAAAUCAUACAGAGAUGAAUAUCUGGAUGGAGAAAAGGUCAAAAAGAAAUCUCUAGGCAGAGAAGGAAAAGUAAUAGCAGAUGAAUGGGAAAGAAAAUAUGGAAGAGAAAAUGAACACAUCAGAAGUAACAGUGGAAAAAUAGAGGAACGAGAAUGGACAGGAAAAGAAAAAGGAGAAAAAGAAGAUGGGUGAGCAAAUAAAGAACCCCUGGAACUGAAAAGAAUCCCAUUAAAAUAUCUAGAUAUCUGGAAGAAAGAAAAUCAAGAAGGGCUGGAAGACAGAGGCAGAGGAAGAUGGAAAGGACAGAGAGUGAAGAGAAAAGUCAGAAGAGAGCACCAUGAGGAAGAGAAAUGUGAUGGAGUCAAGACAUCCAUCAGGGGAAAAGAAUGUGGGGAAAUUCUCCAGGAGGUAAACAUGGGAAUGUCUCAGAGAACAGAGUGCAGGGGGAAUGCUGUAGUGGAUCAGGGGGGAAAUAAGCAAAAGCAAAAACAAGAGAAAGACAAAGGAAGGUAUAGAGAAGAAGGGAAAAGAAAAUAUGGAAAGAUGUGGGGAACUGGAGAUCAAGAAGGAUUAGACAAAGAAGUGUGGGGAGUAAGACGUAACAAAGACCAGAGAAGGGAUCAUGCACAUGAACCAAGUGAGGAAGACUGGGAGAAGGAACAUGGAACACAAAGAAAUAGAGAUGAAGAGUUGAGUGGCAAAGGAUGGGGAAGAGAAUCCAGAGAAGGUCCAAGAGAAGAGGAAAGUCAAGCUCAAGACGGACAAACCACUUUGGAGCUAAAAGAAAGAGAUCAGAAAGUCUCAGAGAGACAAUGGAAAGCAACCAUGGAAGACAUAUGUGGAAAUGUCCAAGAGCUGGAUGGUCAGGAACAGGACUUAAGAGAUCAAGGGAAAGGAAAGAGAGGACAGAAUAGUCAAAAAUGGGAAGCAGAGUAUGGAGACGUUAAAGGACAAAUUGAACACAAGCACUCUGAAGGAAGACAGGAAGAACAACCCAAGGGAGAGGAACAAGAAAUAGAAUGUGGAAGAUGCAAGACAAGAGAAAAUGUCAAAAAUCAGAAAGAAGACAUUGGAAAAAGUCCGGAAGAAGAAGGUGGAGGAGCCCUGAAUGUGGAUAAUGGAAUGAGUGACACAAAAGAUGCAGCAGAAUCUGAUUGGGAAAGACCAUGGGAAAAAGGGAGUGAAAGGACGAAUGCAAAAGAAGACCCAAAGGGGAAACAUUGGGCAAAAUUACACAGAGGAGAAUUAGAAGGAGAAGACUGGGUAAAAGAGGAUGAAGAAAGCCUAAAACACCUAGGGGGAGACAGAGGAAAGAUGAAAGGAAAAGAAAGUGGUUUAGAAUGGGAAGUCACCAUAGAGAAACAUGGGGAAAGUUCAUUGAAUAUAAAAUAUAGAAAAGAAGAAGAAAUAGGAAAUGAGAGAGGGAAAGAAAGAAAAGAAGAAAUGCAUAGAGAAUUAGAAGAAGAUUGUCAAAAAAUUGACAACGGGGAGAAAUUGGAAUUCAGUGCUGGUCAAGAAGAAAUAUUCUGGGGAACUGAAGUCCAGGGGCAACUGGAAAGACAGGAAAGUCAGGAAAGCUCUGAGGAAGAGCAGAAAUAUCGGGCAAGAGAAGACGGAACUGCCCAAAGACUAGAACAAGACAACAGAGAAAGGGUGUCAGCACAGGACUGGGAAGGAGACUGCUGACAAGAAGGCUCUGGAGGUGGAUUCUGGCCAGCAGACAUCGGUGAGAGACAAAGAAGAAAAACAGAAGAGGAUGGAGCGGUGCAGAAAGCUGAAGAGAAUGCAUUAACUGGGGAAGCCCAGAAAGGAGAAGGUGGGCAGGAAAGAUUCAUCAUCCAUCCUCAGGAGCUGUUGAUCAGAAGCACAGGAGACCAGCAAGAGGAUGACAGCUGGAGGGAAGGGGAGCUUGCUGCCCAGGGAAGGGAGAACAAGGAGGAAGACCCUUCAGCCUCACAUUUAUGUGAGCUGGCCAAUGCAACAGAGGAGUCACCCCCUUCAGUUGUGGGAGGUCCAGAGGAUGGUCAGAACAAUGAAGGUGCCCAAGUAGGAGCAAGCCAUCGAUGGAUGAGCAUGGCUGCUUGGGCCCCCUUGGAUUUAUACUCCUUGGUGGUUGAAUGCCACCUAGUGCCCAGGCAGCAAAUCUUCUGGAAGGUGCUACUGAUCUUGCCAGGCUAUGAUACCUGUUUUGCCUACAGCCCAAUGAGUGUUAAUGGAUUGGUUAAGAACCAAAUUCAUGGGAGCCAAAGCCCCACCACAGAACGGAACAAGCUGGCCUAAUGACAGAGUGGAGACCUUAUGCACCCUGAAAUCCCAAAGACAAAAAUGGAGUCUGGCUGUGGAUAUUAACAUCUGCGUCAAGGCUUUGCAUGGAGUCUGUACCAAGGAACAGCUUCAGAAGGCUCAGACCCAGGACAGUCUCUUCGCCCUCAAUGGCCUCAUCUUCCUCUUACCAACAAGGAGAAGAAGAGUUUGCCAAAACAGUUACUGGCAUUUGGCCCGCCUGCAAUUGUCCCACCUGCUGAAGGCAAAGCCAUCCCAGCCAUUGGUGCCCCUGGUGAUCCUUGUCCCUGCUGACAGUGAGACCCUUGGAGAGGAAGAAGCCAAGGCAGGUCUCAGGCUGAGAGACUCUAUUACCAGCCAUCUCAUUUCCUACUUCACCAUCCUCAGGAUCCCAUGCUACAUUCAAGACUUAGAAGGGUCCAACCAGGUACAGAAGGCAGUGAGAUGGCUGGUCUGCUAGUCACCUCUAGCUGCUGAGCUCUGCUGUGAAACCUUCACUCAUUUCGUGGAGAAGGGCAUCAACUGUGAAUCUGGAGAGCGGCUUUCCAGGGACCAGAAGGACAGGCAGCUAGCUGGCUUGCCCUCCCAGGAACCAGCGGUGAUCUUGGAAUUGUACAACAGUGUGAUUCAAUUCCUUGCAGGGGUCAUGUCCGCCCAACAGCUCCGUGGCCCAGCGGGGCUGGCCCCGGAGUUUUUCCAGCUAACUAACCAAAGAUGCCUUCAACCCAAGGGGGGCAUGCCAGAGUACCCGGAGUGGCUCAGGAGCAUCACUCUGACCCUUCAGCUCCCCCCAGUUGUCUUGCCCCAGAAGACCAAAAACUCAGAACCACAUUCCAUUCUGUUCCACUCCACCCUACACAGUCCGGCUCCUACCCUCUCUCCUGGGGAUGGCCUCCUUCCCAGCUGAUGGGGACCUCGCCCCAGACCUGGAGCUGCCCUUGGCCAAGCCCUCUUUGCAUUGCAGGUUGGCAGUGUGCAAGCUCCUCUGUCCUCAAGUACAUCCAUCACCUGCUUGGAUCUCAUCCCAGCUAUCCCCUGCUCCACUGCCAGGUGGGGUAUUUGCUGAGCCAAGCCUACUGCCACUGGUGGACCAGGGACUUUGGAGAGCAGGAGGAACCUUCUGGAGCGGAGGUGCCCUGGGAUGUCAUCAUCUGUCUCUGUGUCCAGCAAUUACUACAGACCUGGAGCCCUCCCAGGCAGCCAGGAAUGCCAGCUGCAGACCCAUGAAGCUCCCCCCCCCCCAUUUCUGAAGACAGGAAGCUAAGAGAAGCUGUGGAACAUCAGGGGAGAGAGAUCCAGGUCUGCUAUUUCAAAGACAGUCUGAGGGAGUAUUGCCUCCCAGACUCCUGGGAAAAUACUAGGCGGAAGCCCAGGAGAGAGACGGUGCAGCACGAGAAAGAACAGGCUUUGUAAGACUCUCAAUGGAAUGAUGCAAUGAAGUGUGCCUUCCUCAUCACCAACAUUUAGGGUGAGAGAAUCCUAAAAUAAACUUUAUU